AUGGGUGGGACGUCAAGUGCAGCUAUUGGGUUUGGACAGUCUCCGGGUACUGAUAGCUCGGGAAAGGGCGGUGGGCCACGUUGCUUUUCAUGCGGCGAGACGGGCCAUCGGCAAUCGGCCUGUCCACGUCGUGGUGGUUCAUGCGCCUUGGUGACAUAUUUUGAUUUCGACGGUAACAGGGGGGUUGUGUAUGAUGGCCCGCCGGUUUUUUACGAGGAGCCCGGGCCGACUGAGGAGCAUUUACUGGGUGAUGUGGGACCGGCCUUUCGUCCACGAGAUGCUGACGGCACCGUUUGUCCUUCUUCUCCUAGGGACUGA